AUGGACCAAACCAGAGCACUCGACAACAGAGAGCCGCCUUCACUCGAUCACAAUGAUGACGUCGCGUUGUCUCCAACAUCUAAAAAGGUUCUCGAACAAUGUUCUGUGAACCUUACAGCCUCGCCGGGCAAAGGGUUUCGAACCCUUGCACGCCCUCCUAGUUCCGGGCUCGAUAGCAGCUCUGGGUUCUGCUUUGCAAGGCCUACUCAUGCGGUUCCAAGCUUUUCUACAAGACCCCAGUCAAAUCCCGCAGCAGGAGGUAGUGGGAUAAAGGGAAGAUUACCGCUUUCUAACGCCGACAAGCGAAGCUCAGGGGAACAAUCAGAGCAAAGAUCGAGUCAGAAUGAUAUAGUCGUCACAGCGGAAUCUCGGCAGGAAAAAAUCAGCAGCCAGCCACAACCUGCCCACCCUGAUCAAUUAAUUGAGCCAAUGAAACCUUUUGCUGCACGUUCGAUCGCGGCGAAUUCUCGAUCAAGGAGUGGUUCUCCAAAGAGCCACGGCGAUGAAUCAAAGUCGCAUUCACAAAGAGAGGCCGUAAAUCAUGGUUCGAUCAUGGAAAGUGGCCCUACUGCAAGCAGCCCCCCAUCAGAGCCAGUCCGCCAAUCAAGCUGUACAACUGCGAUGUCUUCCAAUGGCAACGCCGUUGAAAUAAGUGAGUCGAAGACGAAUGAGGACAGAAGGUCAUCUCCUUACCGGCCGCAUUCCUGUUCCCCAUCCAUUCAAGGUUCCCCAGCAUCAAAAGUCACAAAACAUUACACCCCGCAACGCAAAGGUUUUAACAGUAGACCCAUUGCGCACCCAUCAGGAUUACCAUCUCAGCCCUCCGAGGAGGAUCUGUUUCAUCUCCUAAUCCAUAGGCUAAAAAGAAGGGAGCAGGCUGAAGCCGCGAGCGCCGCAUUGAGGGAAGAACUGGAAAGAAGACUCAGAGAAACCAAUGAGGAGAAUGAAAAUUUAAAGGGUCAGUUAAGUCAGGCGGAAAAACUCCAUAAAGCACAAGAAAUGGAGAAAGCUGCUCAGCGAAAUCUCAUCGAGAGAUGGAAGAUUAAGCUCAGUAAGCUCCGGAACCUCAUUACAGUCAUUGGAAAUGACCAUGAGACUCUCCGCAAAGACGGACAGCUUCUGAGAUCCGCGCAAACCGCACUUAUUAGGGGUAAACACCAUAUACAAGCUGACUUAAGACGACUGAACAACAGCGCUGAUCAAGUGAAUAAGCUCAUCAUUAAGCAGAAUGCUGAACUUGCCAGCGUGCGACCGAAGCUUGUUGAACUGGAACAUUCGCUCUUAUUGAAGGAUAGCAGACUUAAUAGUAACGAAAAAUCUCUCGCUCGAGAAAGGAGUCGAACCGCCGCCCUGGAAAACUUCAUUCGCAAUCAUUCGAGCAAAGGCCUAAAACAAAUGGCAUCACUUUUACAACACCAAGCCGAAACAUCCUCUAAGAUAGAGCACUGUUAUGAAAAUUUUAGUAACCUCUUAACGAAUUCCCAGUCUGCCAUCAAAUCAGAGCUAGAACUCCCGCUCAAAGCAUGCUUAGAAUUGUUGAGCGCGCUUACCGCACGGGAGUUCGUCGAUCCGGCCGUGUUGUCCCAAGUUAAUUCCAAAUUACAAACCAUUAUCGCGAAGUUCCUUCAGGAGUUCGACACUUCAUUGAAGGCCUCUCUUAAGACUGAAAACGAGUUAGCCCAGGUUAAGUUAGCUAAUGGAAAGCUUCACGAGAAGAUUAGGGCUUCAGAGGAAACGUUGGCCCAGCUCAACGCUAACAAUGUCGAAUUGAAAGAGCGAGAAACCAGCCUUUAUAAUGACACCAAAACUCUCAAGGCGCAAGUAGAGUGGUUGCAAACCCAAGUGGCUGACAUUUCUAAGAUCGCCGAAGAUAGCCACGAAUUGUCCAAAAUGCGAGUACAGUUUGAGGAAACAUCAACAGCUUUGAACGAAGUGACAAUGAACCUGAAAGCUAAGGAGAACGAAGUGACCAGGCUUGACACGAGCUUGUCUGAGAUGAAGAGUAGUCUCGAAUGUGCCGAGAUGAAGAUAUUAACCCUCGAGGCGGAAAAAGCUAAAUCUGAAGAGUAUGCAGUUAAUAUUGAGAAUAAAGUCAGAGCUGAGUUUACAAAGGCAAGCCUACUGUCAAAGGAACAAAACCGUGCAUGCUUUGAACAGCAAUUGCAUCAGCUUAAACGUGAGAAGGCUCUUGCAGAGAAAAGCGUGGACAUUCUCAAGCAGCAAUCUGAAGCACUGAAAUCAAAACUGGCAGCGGCUCAUAGCUCGAGCCAUUCAUUUGAAGCCACGGUGUCAGAGAACGAGGAAAAGAUCAAAGCCUUGAAAGAGGGCCUUCAAAAAGAAAUCGCGAGCCGAGAUGAGACGAUAGCAAAACUACAAGAAGAACAUAUCUCGAAUAAACGAGAAAUUGAAAAUGUAAAACUAGAUCAUGACAGAGCCGUUGCUGAGAACAAUAGGCUCAAGGCAGAUCUAUCUGAAGCCCAAGCUACGAUAGGGAACACUUGCCAAUUAUCCCUUCUUGAAGAAAAGUUUGAUCUCAUGCGGGAUGAAGGCAUUCAAAAAGACGAAAAGAUAACCUCACUGACGAACGAACUCGCUAACCUCCAGGCUAGUAUCAAAGAGACAGCAAUAUUGCACAUGGAAAAUGCCAAAGAUGCACAGGGACUUAAGGAUUUGCGUGAAAAGCUUGAUGAGGCUGAAAAACAGAAUGCAGAAUUGACUUACCGCCUGAAACAGAGCGACGACGAUAUAGCUUGUCUUACGGCUGAAAUGGAAUUAUCCAAACAAGAAGGUACUGCUAUGGUUCCCGAAGCCAACGCCCAGAAUGAAGAUGGUAAAUCUCAGCAAACGCAAGACGACCUGGAAGGAACGAAGCAAUGUUUGUCCAGAAUCGAGAGCCUGCUGCGGCAAUUUGGUAUUCUUGACGCGAACGAAACGGUUUCCCAUGCAUGGGAUAAAGUUGAAGCUCGAUUGGCAAAUUUCUCUAGUUCGUCGGAAUCUUGUGAGAUGUUAUUAGAUGCUGACAAUGAUGGAGCCAGUGGUGAAGCACCUUUGCAAAGCCUGAAGCAAGCUGGGAAAAGGAAACGCACUGUGAACUUGACGCCUGACGCAAAAAGGGUGUCAGGGCGGCGUUCGAGCCAUGAAUACAAAACCACCCAAGUUGUGUACCGCAAAGAAAGUAUCAGCAGGAGCGUCUCUUGUUCUCCUUUGAAAUCACCUACACUAAAACGCCCUUCUUCCCGAAGAAAACAAACCUCAAAGGCUAUAUCACGUAUUAAGCCAUUUUCGCAGGUCCAAUGGAACCUUGAGGGUCACCAAAGCUCGCCUCAGCAAAGUAUCGGCGACUUGAAUAAGAUUUUGUCUGGCCCAAUAGACGAACUCUCGAAGGCCACUAGUUUUCUUGUUCCAUCGACACCAAAGGUCCAGAGCGAGAGUACCACCCGCCUUUUCGAAGUCCCACCCAGCCCAGUCAAAAAUGUCAAGGUAGGGUCGCAUAUGAUGCAGCGAAAACACACCAAUGAGUUACCACGCAAGUCCCAGGAGGAACGAACGGUGUUACAAUGCGAUGACUUAAACGGCCUAAGCCAAAGGAAAGACUUAAAAACCCCGCCUAGCGGCAUUUUUAAGAAUACUGCACUCCCAACGAUGGAAGGGAGAGGGCUUCAAGAUAUGCAUACUCCUUCGAGAAUAGAUAAUCCAAAGAAGAAAGGAACCGCCGCCCCGAGACGCCAAACACGCACAUCAUCCCAAUAUUUCAAGUCAGCUGAUACACCAAGUACAAUUCUAUCGAGUACGCGUCAGACAUGGGCUGUCACCCAAUCAACCGAAUCUGCAGUGAGUUAUAGCCGACCUCGCCGAUAUGGACGGAGAAAAGGUAAGCUCCCAGCCAUACCUCGGGGGAAGGGUGGUGCUAAGUUCAACAGGAGAUUUGUACAACAAUAG